AUGAGCUACGCAGAGUACCCCGAAUUCGAGGCCUAUCAACAACGGUGGAACACAACCGAGUCGCAUACCAUCAACAUCACGUCCCUUCUCCUGGGAACUAUCAUAGGUGCAUACGUUCUCAUCAAAGCCUUGGACAUACUGGGCUUUCCCGUCUGGCAUCUUGUCGAACGCUUUCUCCAAAUGGCAUCCGACGUCCUACGCCUUCGCGGCGCCUCCUUUGGCUCAACAGCUUCUGCCUCCAGCGACGACGAUUCAGCCCAACAGGGAGGCAUGUUCGGUAGUCUCUUUGGCACGACCCCGGGGAACUUGCUGCAAAAGGGGGUACGAGGGGUUGCGAAUGCCUUCUCCAAGGGCCCUAGCGACGUGCCACCGGGCUUGGGCAAUAUCAGCAACUCUUGCUACCAAAACAGCGUUAUCCAAGGCCUCGCGUCCCUCCCAUCCCUACGCGACCAUCUUUCCAAAACCACCUCCGAAAAUCCCGCGCUUACCCCGGAUACCACAAAUGGCGCGCUAUUCGAUAUCAUCACACAGCUAAACGACCCGAACAACAAGGGCCAACAUUUUUGGAUACGUGGCAAGUUGAAGUCGAUGAGCACUUUCGAACAACAGGAUGCGCAGGAGUAUUAUAGCAAAAUCUUGGAUGCGCUAGAUGAGGAAGUCAAGAAGACCGCGAGCAGUAAGAGGCGAUCCUCUGUCUCCUGGCUGGAAGUCACAAAGAGCCUGAGUGACUCAACAAAUACAGAUGAGAAAGCGCAAGACGAAACAAAGGACGGACUGCAUAAGUCAGGAGCACAACCCCAGGUCCCGUCAAAUCCUCUUGAGGGACGCCUCGCUCAGCGUGUUGGCUGCACAUCCUGCGGCUACUCCGAAGGUCUCACCCUUAUUCCGUUCAACUGCAUCACUGUAUCUCUUGGGAAAGGCUACAGCUACGACGUUCGGGAGUGUCUCGACGAAUACACAACCCUGGAAUUCAUCGAUGGCGUCGAAUGCGCAAAGUGUACGCUGCUUAAGCUGGAGCGGACUCUUUCGCCUUUAAUCGCUGCUAAACCCGAAUCGCCACUAAAAGCAAGACUAGACGCUGUACAAGAGGCUCUGGGAAAAGAAGAUUUUGAAGAUAAGACACUGCUGAAAACCCUAAAUGUGCCGAAGAAGAAUUGGGUACAGAGCACAAAGUCGAAACAAGCCGUCGUUGCACGCGCGCCUCAGUCGUUGGUCUUGCAUAUUAACCGAAGCAGCUUCAAUGAAUAUACUGGCAUGCCGUUCAAGAACACUGCAGGAGUCUCAUACCCAACAGUGUUGGAUCUCGGAAACUGGUGUCUCGGUGGUAUCCCUCAUGGCUCACAACAGCCCGCUACGUCAGAAGAGGAAUGGCCCAAGGACCCUAGACAGUCGAUGCUAGCAAGGGAUGAGCCUAUGACAGACUCGCCAUUCCAAUACCGGUUGCGCGCCGCUGUUACGCACUACGGCUCGCAUGGCAACGGCCACUACGUCUGCUACCGUUCGCACCCCAAAACGGAGCCGAAGCCUGAGAGUGAUGAAGAUGCUGAGGCAUCAUCCACGGAAGACGAAGAAGCCGAGGAUGUUGCCGUACAAGAGCCCGAAGAAGUACCGUCUACACAACAAUCAGAACAGUGGUGGCGUUUCAGUGAUGAUAGCGUUUACCCCGUGUCUGAACAGGAAGCGCACCAAGGGAACGUCUUCAUGCUUUUCUAUGAGCGUAUCAACGAGGAGGCUGUUUUACCAUUAGUCACAGCAGAGAGUACAUCUGUGGUCGAAGAGGCACCCUUGCCGCCAAAUGAUGUUAUGACUGCCCUAGUCACCGCACUUGAUGAGGAGGCCGUCGCCAUCGCCCUGCCAGAUGAUGACGAAGACUUACUAGAUCUCAUCCCACCACAAACAACACCAGUGCCUCAACCAGCCACUCUCGAUACCACUUCCGAGCAACACCCAGCGGAAGAGCUAGUGCCGGAUUCCCCCACAGUCGGCACUCAAAUCGAACCCACCACACUGGACACCGAGACAGAAGCCAGCGACGCAGAAUCAGAGGAUGCGCCGUCAACACAGUUGACGUCCGACAACGAGUCAGAGGCCGACGCCCCCACGCCUCCAAAAACCACACCCACUCUCCAAAAGGUCUCACCUAACCUUAUGCGCACGGCAGGUAAUGCGUCGAAUAGAGGGCAAAAGGGCAAUGGUACGCAGAGUUUACCGUUGGUGUCUGCUACGUAG